GACAGCGCGGAGCGCGGUGGCGUCGACGUCUAGUGUCUCAGUGCUCCCGUCUGUGGCUAGGCAGCCAGCAGCCAGGCAGCUCGCGACCUGCGGCCAGGCAGCCAACCAUGCUUAACUUCGGCGCUUCUCUCCAGCAAGCCUCGGAGGGGAAAAUGGAGGUAAUUUCUGAGAAGUCCAGAGAGGGAGCACACCCCUGGAAGAAAGCCGAGCAGAGUGAUUUUGAGGCCGUGGAGGCGCUCAUGUCCAUGAGCUGUGACUGGAAAUCUCAUUUCAAGAAAUACCUUGAAAACAGGCCUGUCACACCAGUGUCUGAUAUGUCAGAGGAAGAUAACUUGCUUCCAGGGACUCCUGACCUUCAGACAGUCCCAGCAUUUUGUUUGACUCCACCUUACAGCCCCUCUGACUUCGAACCCUCUCAAGGGUCAAAUCUGACGGCACCAGCGCCAUCUACUGGUCACUUCAAAUCAUUCUCCGAGGCCGCCAAGGCUCCCGUAGGGGCUCCCUUCAAAGAGGAGGAAAAGAGUCUUUUAGCUGCCCCUCCACUCCCUAAGGCUCAAGCCACCAGUGUCAUCCGGCACACAGCUGAUGCUCAACUGUGUGACCACCAGUCCUGCCCUGUGAAAGCAGCUAGCAUCUUCAACUACCAGGACAAUUCUUUCCGGAGAAGAACCCACGUGAAUGUGGAGACGACUCGGAAGAACAUACCCUGUGCUGCUGUGUCACCAAACAGAUCCAAGCCUGAGCCCAGCACAGUGUCCAGUGGUGAUGAGAAGGCUGCGAUGUUUGACUUUGCUGUGCCUUCUUCAGAGACAGUCAUUUGUAGGUCUCAGCCAGCUCCCGCGUCCCCACUGCAGAAGUCGGUACUGGUGUCUUCACCUACAUUGUCCACUGGGGCAGUGUCACCCCUGCCUGUCAUCUGCCAGAUGGUUCCCCUUCCUGCAAACAACUCUCUUGUUACCACAGUUGUCCCCAGCACUCCCCCCAGCCAGCCACCAGCGGUCUGCUCCCCUGUGCUGUUCAUGGGCACUCAGGUGCCCAAGGGCACUGUCAUGUUCGUGGUACCCCAGCCCGUUGUGCAGAGCCCAAAGCCUCCGGUCGUGAGCCCCAAUGGCACCAGACUGUCUCCCAUUGCUCCUGCGCCUGGGUUCUCUCCCUCGGCAGCAAGGGUUACUCCUCAGAUGGAUUCAUCCAGAGUAAGAAGUCACAUCUGUAGCCACCCAGGAUGUGGCAAGACUUACUUUAAAAGCUCCCAUCUGAAGGCACACGUGAGAACACACACAGGGGAAAAACCUUUCAGCUGCAGUUGGAAAGGCUGUGAAAGGAGGUUUGCUCGUUCCGAUGAACUGUCCAGACACCGGCGAACACACACAGGGGAGAAAAAAUUUGCCUGUCCCAUGUGUGACCGUCGGUUCAUGAGGAGCGACCAUUUAACCAAGCAUGCCCGGCGCCACCUAUCGGCCAAGAAGCUGCCAAACUGGCAAAUGGAAGUGAGCAAGUUAAACGACAUUGCUCUGCCUCCAACCCCUGCCUCGGCACAGUGACAGCCAGGAGAUGGAGACUCAAAUAAACUGGUCAGAGUCAGGAGCCAGUGACGGUGUCAAAUGCUUCUGCAAGUCUGUGGCCCCUCAACAGGGCCUAAAGCAGAAGCCCCUGGCCUGGGAGAGGCCCAGCCUGCGUCAGAUGACAAGAAGUGCUGCAGCCACGGGCAGGUCACAGAAGGGCAGGGUUCAUUUCUUACCACAUAGAGAGAUGAGAACGCUUUUAUUCCUUUGAGCAGUUUGGGAGGUUUUGGAUGAGGUGAGCACAGCACAGGUUUUGAAUCACAUACACAUUGGGUACUUUGUUUUUGCCGUUUAUACUUGAGACCCGCUUUGUAGUGUGAUUCUUUCAAAGCAUUGGUUUCAAGAAUAUAGAGGCUGGAAAUUACGGUACAGAAAUGGAGCCAGAAAAUGAGUUUGUGUUACACAAAGAUGUCAUCUUCUCCUAGAGUUAUCUUGUGUCUUAUUCCUAGUCUUUCCAGUCACCUCCGUGAAUGUAGCUAAGUAUAUCUCAACUAUAAUUUCCCACUAUCGUUGGUGUUGGAAGUUGAAGAGCUGUACAUUGCUAAGGGGGAACCAAAGCAUCGGAACCCUCAUUAAUUUAAUUGCUUGGAAGUGCAGCUAAAAUUCUUUCUUGGCAUUCUGUUUUGAAAGUUUAGGCAUUUUACUUUAGAUUUUACUCUGCUUGCAGUUUUUUGUGUAGAUUUGAAAAUUGUAUAGCAAUGUGUUUUCUGUAGACUUAAGAUGCAAUGCACUUUGUUCAGAAAAAAUCUGGAGAUGAAACAAUUGUAAAGAAGAGAUGUCAAGAAUUUGAGAUAACUCCUUGAGAAAGAUGACUUUACGUCAUCAGCACAGGACACUUAUGUCAAAUAUACACUGUUUUUUUCAGAGUAGGAAGUUAGUGACCAUUACAGAUGGACAAUUGUCCUUUUUAUUUAUAGGAGUUUUUCAGAAUGUUGGAAUACCUAGGUAGACAAAUUGUUAUUGGAACAUUCACUUUCACCUUGAGAAGGAUGUUCAUGGUGCCGUUAAGUUCUUACCGCCGCAGUGUCUGGGCAUCUGAGAAACUCGGAGACUUUUAAAGUGUCAUAAUGUGGUCACACCUGCAGUUCUGGGUAUCGAAUCCAGGGCCUUGCAUGUGUUCUGUAAAAGCUCUGUCACUGAACUGUGUCCCCACCCGAGAGCAAUGACUUUUGCUAACAGUAUUUCUGUUCUGUUGUAAAGUGAAUGGAUGAUACACUUGGUAGUAAAAGGUAAAUUAUUCAAAAUCCACAGUGAAAAACUCACCGUACCUUCCCACUUAAACCGUUUCUGUAUCUCGUAGGUUUCUGACAUUGCAAACUCGAACCCUUGAAAAAAGUUUUCUUAAAAAUUAUAAAAAAAACCACAAGUUACAAUUUGCACAAUAUUUUUGUUGUACUUUAUACCUUGUUUACAAUAAAGACUUUUCUUUGAUAUA